AUGGGGAGGGGGAAAGUGGAGCUGAAGAGAAUAGAAAACCCAACAAGCAGGCAGGUGACCUUCUCGAAACGACGGAAUGGGCUUCUGAAGAAGGCUUUUGAGCUCUCCCUCCUAUGUGAUGCCGAAGUUGCACUCAUCAUCUCGUCUCCCUCUGGCAAGAUCUACCAAUUUGCAAGCCAUGACAUAAACAGGACCAUUGCCAUGUAUAGAAAUCAAGUGAGUCUGCCUGAAUCAAACAACUCAAGCUUCAGACAGGCCACAACCAUGAAGUUUGGGAGUAAUAAUGAAAAUGAAGAGCUAAGGAGAUCAAUAGACAACUUGGACAGGAGGCUGAAGAACUUGGCUGGGGAAGAGCUUGAUAUGCUGGGCAUGCAAGAGCUAAAACAGCUCGAGCGGCAGUUGAAAACUGGGGUUGAACGCAUCCGCUCUCAAAUAGGACGAGUCGUUUCUGAGAACAUCAGCUCGCUGAAAAGAGAGAAUAAAGCAUUGCAAGAAGAAAACAGUCAUCUGCAAAAAAGAUUCCAUGAGCUUCAUUGUGCUGAUCACGCAAGCUCGAGGAUUUUGGGACCAAAUGCAUACAUGCAAUUCUUUCCAAGUGAAUUUUGA